AUGCUUCAACCGCUUGAUCAGGCUGUCCUUUCUGUUAUUGACAACAGUUUUCGGGGUAACUUGUUUAAUGGUGGACAACCCUCACCAACUGAUGUUGAUCGAGGAGAAUUCAUAAUGGGCCAUGAUACGAUACGACAAAAGAGAUUGAAACCUAAAGCCUUGCGCUUUUUUUGGGAAAUAACUGGAUUGUUUCCCUUUGAUCGUGAUCAAGUGUUCAAGUUUCCAACCAAGAAUGAAGGCUUUGCACAAACUCCUGAGGCGCUUUCCAGCAAAAUUAUGGAUGAGGAGUCCACCACAUGCAAUACUGAAGCACUUCCCAGGAAGGAAAUGCCCAUUGCACAAUCUACUGAAUCAUUACCCCACAAGCCAUUGACCGAGAAGCCCACCGAACAGGAUAUAGGGGCGCAGCCUACUAAGGGCUUGAGUGGGGAGCCCACCAUGCACCCUGCAGAAGGAAUGUCUGAAAACCCACUAACAGAGUACCUUUCCCUACAGGGAGCAAGAACCUUAUCUAUCACAUCACUGAUUGAUGUGUUUGCUGAGUCCAUCAUGCAAGAUACCGCUGCACAAUCCAAAAAAAGCCGAACGCUGGGUGCAUCUUACAAAAUGGUGAAGCGCUGA